AUGCCGGCGCUGGCUGUCGCAGCUGUCCCCAGCUUUGUCGCAGUCUGUGGUGCAACCUACACCGUCAGCCCCGGCGACAAUGCUUGUGGAAUUGCUGUACGAUGCGGCGUCGACCUUCGCGACCUCCUCAAUUCGAAUCCGAACGUCAGCGCCUGGAACAGCCUGCAGCAGGCGCAGGUCCUCCAGCUUCCUUCAACUGCCUCCUGCGUAAAUGCCACCUCCUGCUCCAACUGUGCGGCGGCAGGCCCGACAAGCACCCUGACAAAAUCCACCGCUGGCCCUGGACCAAGCAUGCCUUAUGGAAAGACAUACACUGUUGUUGCGGGUGACACUGCGUUCACCAUCGCAGAGCGAUUUGGCAUCUCUUUGGGAGAUUUGGAGGCUGCGAAUCCUGGCAAGGUCGCAAAUUGGGAUCUGCUUCAAAUCGGCAUCGUUCUGAACAUUCCUUCCGCAAAGAUCGGCACGUCUGUCUCUAUGGCGACAUCUUAUGGAGUCGUUCCAUCAUCGUCCGCACCAUACGUUUCUCCAUCAGCAUACCCAAGCCAGACUUUGUCCCAGCCAGCAUCUUCUACGAUCGCUUCCCUGUGGACUGUCGCUUCGGGAGACACGGGAUAUGGCAUCGCAUCCAGUGCCAACGUGGCAUUCUCCGACAUCUCCACUGCCAAUCCUACGGUUGUCUGGACCGAACUAUCCACCGGACAAGUCUUGACCAUUCCGGCUGCGCCAACCGGUCUUGCUGAGGUUGUAGGUGCUGCGGCUGUCCACGCCCUGCAUCUGGAUGAGGGGGCCACGACUCCAAAGAACAACUACACAUUCUACGCCGGAGACGGGUCGCAAGCGCACGGCUGGCCAGCGGUUACCGACUGGCUCUCGUUCGAUGCCUUGUUCGACAAUCUCAAGCCGUAUAUCGGUCAGAACUGUGUCGGGAAUGUCCCUGGAAACUCCCCUGCUGAGACGGAACAACUACGCGAUGCCAUCCUCGAUGUAGCCAACCAGACCUAUGUCGAUCCACGGUUCAUCAUGGCUGUCGUUAUGCAAGAGUCCAACGGUUGUGUCAGAGUGGUGACGACUGCCGGAGGCAACAGCAACCCUGGUCUUAUGCAGAGUUAUAAGGGCAAGGGGACCUGUAACGUCGGCGGCCAGUUGAUGUCUCCAUGUCCUGGUAAUGUCAUCCAUCAAAUGAUCGUGGACGGUACAGCAGCCCCAGUUGAUGGCAUCACCCUUGUCAAGGCUCUCAAUCAAGCAACAGGCGGGGCCGUCACCGAUGUGGCUCAAGCGUACUAUCGUGCCGCCAGACUCUACAACUCGGGUGCGAGCAGUAUGCCAGCGAAUGGAGACUUGGGAGGUGCGCCUGGGGCGACACUGUGCUAUUCAAGUGAUAUUGCCAAUCGACUGAUGGGAUGGGUGACUGGUCCUACAGCAUGCCAUCUGAACUCCAAGGCGAAGGCGUGA